CUGCCUUCUCUCACUCCCUCCCUCUCUCUCUCUCUCUCUCUUUCUCUUUCUUUAGAUCUGUAGUACUUUUCUCUAUUUGCUCUAAUUCUAGUUUGGCUUCAGCAUAACCAACACAAUCUUUUUCCAAAGCAAGCCUAUAACAGCAACUGAAUUGGUGCUGGGAGGAAGAGACUUUCUCUAUUCACAGCAAAGAAUUUAUCAGAGGGAGGAAGCUGCAGAGAAACAACACUCCUAGCGUAUCAAGACACCUGUGCCUUUCCCAAGAACUAUGGAACUGCAGAAGCUAGCGAACGGUCACCACCAUGACUUUGUCCCUUUGGAAGAUGGGAAUGAUACUGAAAAUGAAGAGUUCCUACCCCAUAAGAGUGAUAGCCAAAAGAAAAUCCAGUGGACAGAUUUUGAAGGCAAGACCUCUUUUGGGAUGUCUGUGUUCAACCUCAGCAAUGCCAUCAUGGGCAGUGGGAUUCUGGGACUGUCGUACGCCAUGUCCAACACCGGCAUUGUUAUGUUUGUGAUCUUGCUGACCUGCAUCGCUCUCCUGUCAUCCUACUCUGUUCACCUGCUUCUUAAAAGUGCUGGAGUUGUGGGUAUCCGUGCCUAUGAGCAGCUGGGAAUGCGUGCGUUUGGACACCCGGGGAAGAUGUUGGCUGCCAUGGUGAUCACCAUGCAUAACAUCGGGGCUAUGUCCAGUUACCUCUUCAUCGUGAAGUCUGAGCUGCCCUUGGUCAUCCAAACCUUUCUGGGAAAGCAUACCAACACGGGGGAAUGGUUCCUGAAUGGCAACAACCUCAUCAUCAUUGUCAGCAUCUGCAUCAUUCUGCCUUUGGCUCUUAUGAGACAGUUGGGGUACCUUGGCUACACCAGCGGUUUCUCUCUGAGCUGUAUGGUGUUCUUCCUCUGCUCGGUCAUCUACAAGAAGUUCAACAUCCCUUGUCCCUUCGAGUCAUUUGACAACAGCACAUCCCACAUCAACAUUACGCAUGAAGAAGAUGAAUGUGUGGCCAAGUUCAUCACGAUUAACCAGCAGACCGCCUACACCGUUCCCAUCCUGGCCUUUGCCUUUGUAUGUCACCCCGAGGUCCUUCCCAUCUACACGGAGCUGCGCAAUCCCACCAAAAGACGCAUGCAGUCUGUCGCAAAUGUGUCCAUUUUGGGCAUGUUUGUCAUGUACCUUUUCACUGCAAUCUUUGGCUACCUCACCUUCUAUGUGAACACGGAGGCUGAGCUCCUUCACACGUACAGCAAGGUGGACCCUCUGGAUAUGCUCAUCCUGUGUGUGCGCUUGGCUGUCCUAGUGGCUGUCACCCUCACAGUGCCUGUUGUGCUGUUCCCGAUCCGCAGGGCUCUGCUGCAACUGCUCUUCCCAGAGAAGCCCUUCCACUGGGCGCGUCAUAUUGCCAUUGCCGUUUGCCUGCUCAUCGUGGUCAACGUUCUGGUUAUCUUGGUGCCAAACAUCCGUGACAUCUUCGGAAUUAUCGGAGCAACAUCUGCGCCCAGCCUAAUCUUCAUUCUGCCUAGCCUGUUCUACAUUCGUAUCGUUCCUAAAGAACAGGAACCCAUGAACUCUAAACCAAAGAUUCAGGCGGCCAUCUUCUGUUCUCUGGGCUUCGUUUUCAUGACGAUGAGUUUGACCUUCAUCAUCCUUGACUGGAUCACAGGGGAGAAGAGGGCUGGCGGUGGACACUAGCGCCCCCCGCCUGUGCAGAAGAGGUCUUGGCGCCUGUCCCAGGGCCACCCAUGUGGCCUCCGUCGCGGGCCCCCCCGACUCGACUCGGCUAAGGUCAGCUAAUAGAGAGACGAGCGAGCGAGCCGCGGCGCCAGCCACAUUUGGACAGGCCCGACCCCCCGAUCCCUCCCUCUGAUCAAGUCUUUACUUCCCUUACGUUGCGGUCAGACCCUGGUUCCCGCCGCCUUUGAAUACUUAAGAACGAACGAAUGCCUAAUGUCUGUUGAGUGUGACCUCUCGUGGUAGUCAAUGAUAGUCGCAGAGGAAGAGGAAGUGAGGUCAGAGUGUCCCCGUGGCCAACCGUUAUUGGGGAGACGUCACAAUUGUUUCGGAGAAGAUGACCAUUUAGUUGAACAUGAGAUGUGAAUCAUUACUUUGAAAAAAAAACACACAAAUAUGAAAUGAAUAUUGGCAGUGGCCUAUGCCUUGGAGAGGCACAACAAAAUGGUUCCUGACACAGGGGGUGCCAGAACAGGAGAAGUUUGGGGGGAAAAACAGGAGAAAAGAGAGAAAAGUAAAAAAAAUAAAUGUGGAAAGGCUAAAUUUAUCCCUUGAGGUAGGACCUGGAAUUUCCAAAUGCUGUGCUCUUUUUCUCGUGUCAGCGCUGCCAAAACCAAACUGCUUUUCUCCUGCUUGUUUGUUUUCGCUUGUCCCAUGGAAGCCAGGACCUGACACAGUGGUGCAAUAAGAUGUGGGAGUAGACAAGUAAACAUCUCAAAUACCUGUUGUUUUUUUGUUUUGUUUUGUUUUCAUUUUUUUAUUUGGUCAUGAUUUUUAAAAGGCUCUUAAAGCUGUAUUAAUGGUGUACGGUCUGAGGUGAGUUUUCAAACACAAUUUCCUCUGGUUCUGUCUUGUCUUUAGGUGUUGCCAAUGUCAGCAUCUGUCAUAAGAUGGGGGUUGUCAGCAUGUGAGAGAAUUCACGAGCAGUUGUUCUCAAACAUGUUUCUGUAUGCGUUUUUUGUAUUUGGCCUCAAAUAUAUUGCACCCUUUCCCAAAAUCUAUCAAAGAUCUGAUCAUGUAAGUUGCCAGCUGGGGGAGAAGUAUAAAAAACACCAACACUACUGUGAAAAUAAGGUGCUGGAGAAGAUUUUAAUUAUCCAUAAUUUAUUUAUGUUCAUCAGCAGACCAGUCAAAACUGAGGAAACAUUUUUGUGCUUCUUUAUAAAAUGUUUUUAAUGAGAGACAAUGGAGGUAUGUAUAUUUUUACAUUUUCUGAAAAAAAAAAUCAAUGAAAUGUAUUACCAAAGAGCUAGACACUAGUUGCCUUGCCAAAUGAUAUGUCACCUUUGAACUUAAGUGGUCCAUGACGGUGAUAAAAUGCUUUGAUCGAUAUUUGUUGGCAAUACAAUGCGAUAAAAGAUUUGUGAGGGCUUUUUGUUCCGAAGAGGUUGAUGGUCAAGGGCUUUGCAAGAGCAAUAUUCUUCAUUUUUACUUUACUUGAAACCCUCCAUCAUAAGACUGACACAAACCUCUUAUAAAUAUACUUUAAAUCUUUCAUCAGAAUAGUGAGUUAUCGUUACAUGAACAAGAGAUAAAUAGCAGGUUUUACCUACAAUGUCUUAUUUAAAUGUUUUAGUUAAACUGCACAUUGGAGACUGGUCAAACACAAUUUCAAACUUCUGUGCUAAGCCUGUCUGUGCUAAGUCUGUUACAUAUGAUUUUUGACAAGGAAAUAGACUUGACUUGACUUACAUUACAUAUUUAGCUGUGCCAGUUCCUCAGUACCUGGUUGUGUGACGUGGUUACCCUGCUGCUUAGUCAUAGCUAUUGAAGUCAUGAAAUGGUUAAUUGCCACCUCAGCAUUAACAUGUAGUUUUCACGCCAGUCAGGGCUGUCAUUUGAUUGAGACUUUUAUUUCACAGGACACCGGACUUUCAUGACUGUGCUACUGAACGUUUUGGGCCCUAUAAACGAUUACAAAUAGGUAUCCUCCCCCUCCUCUGGUAAUAGUAACAGUGUCCUAAAAUGGCCUUUGGACUUGGACUUGUCCUGAAUUUGCCCCUAGCAAGGGCACAGCGAUAAAACAUAUGUGCUGCACGUGCUUAUGUCAGUUUUAUGACUGAGGGUUUCAGUAAGAUGUUCAAUUAUUUUUGUUUUUGUUGUUUAUUCAUCUGGUUUUGUACAGUUUUUUGAAAAUUACUUUGCAUGUUUACCUCAAGGCUUGUAUGUAUGUAUACUACGCCAAGUAAAGAUACAAUCAAUCACCGGUACAAAAUUGACACUUUGGAAAAAUGAGAGGACCAUCCAUUCAUUAUAUAUUUUUUUCUGUCAUAUAGACUUAUGAUCUGACGUUGAGUUGGCUGUUGACACAUGUGAGCAUUUUGGUUACUCCAACCAGUGUAAAUCAGAGGGGAUGUGGCUUUUGUAUUAUAUCAACCUUUACUAUUACUGUGUAAGUCAGACUUCUGUGCUUACGGCAUCAGGAUAUUUUCCCUAUCUCAAUGCCCAGUGUUCUAGCUUUGCUAGGACGUGAAACGCCCAGUGAUUGGAUACUCUUUGGUGAACUCCGCAGAGUAUCCAAUCACUGGGCGUUUCACGUCCUAGCCAGGCUAGAACACUGGGCGUUGAGAAAGAGCCAUAAUGUGUGUCCUUAUGUGAAUGCCUCCACAUGUUGUCAUAUGAGACGAUUGGCCGAGACUCAACUAUGAGAGAAGCUGAUCUGCCCGCUCCCCCUCGACCAAUCAGAGGGGAGAGCUAUCGGUGCUGCAGGUCUCUGGGAGUACAAGACUCAGUCUGUAUCAUUUCUGAAGAGACUCAAUUUUGUUUCAAUAAAGGUGAUUGGUCAUCAAAUGUU